GACGAUCGAAGCUAGUAGUGAGUGAAAUCAGUGAAGUGCAUGUACUUAUAAGAUAUUCCUAGCGUUCAGAUGUGCUCUGGUGAGUUUAAAUCUAUGGUCUGCGCACCAACCCUUAAAAACAACCCCUCAUACAAAGAUUUUUUCAAAAAUAUGGUCAAGAAACAUGACAUUUUUUUAUUUUGGAUCGUAAUAGGAAAAUCCUUCAAGUACAAGAAAUCUGACACUUAAUUUUUUUAAUAAUGCAACCACCAAAAACCACCCCUAAGAAUGAAACUUAGGAAAAAAUUGAAAAUUAAAAAAUUUAUAGACUAGUUAUAUAGACUAAGCAGUUAUAGACAUCAAUAUGUUUAAACACGUUAAAUUUUUGUUGUUUUUUACAAUGUAACUAAUAGUUCGAUAUUUUUAUAUGAAACCACCCUUAAAAACCAUUCCUUAUAUACAGUUGUAAAAAUAAAACUAUGUUUAUUUUCAAUAAAACCACAUUUAGUUAUUUUAAGUUAUUUAUAGUUUUAGGUGGCAUGACUGUGUAAUUUUAGUUUGAAUGACAUUUGUAAAUAAUUAUUUGACAGUUGUCAAAAAACUCAGAGUAAGAAAUAGCAUGUUCUUGAUUCUCUUUUUUAGGUUUGUAUUUUUAAGUUAUUUUAGUAUUGUUGUAUUAAUGUUUAUCAUCUUUAUUGUACAUAUUGUAAAUAAACUCUUUUUUAGAUGAAUUCAUACGGCUAUCUCUUACACGAAUAAGAAGUAUGAAACUACACUUAUAAAUCAAGAACUUAAGCUGACCAAGCCAAAAUAGUGAUAAAAAUAGAUUUUCAAACCGUUAUUUGUACAAAUUAAGGAUGAAUAUUACAUCAAUGAAAAUUUGUAUUGCUAUAGAAGCAAGCAGUACUGAUAGUAAGAAGAAUGUAUGUAAAUUUAAGUGGUUGCAGCCAACACAGUCACCUUUCUAUUAUGAAAUGCCUGCUGAAAAGCAACUUCAAGAUUAUCAUUCUGAACUAUUUCGUCUGAAAAAAGUAAAAAAUGUUUUAGCAUCCAUGAAAUCAAGAGGAUGCUUUAGAACAUGUACCAUUUCAUUAGAUGAUAAUUUGAAAGUGAUUUAUUUUGAUUCAGAUGGUGAUGUGGUUUAUCAAAAUGAGUACCUACAACAGACCUUAUUACCAGUGUAUGAGAAGAAAGAAGCGAUUGAACAAUCUCCACCAUUAGUCGAGUUGCUCCAGAAACUUGGUGAUACUAGUAUACCUAAAGUUGAAAAGAAAAAUUACAAAAAAAUAAAAGAUGAUUUCGUACUUCGAAAUUUUGAUGGUAAAAAUGUUCCAAUGAAUUCAUAGGUCUGGAUCCGGCGUAUGAAAAAAAAGUUGAUUAAUAGCAAGCUGAAAAUUUGUUAAUAGCUUAAGGGUGUCUAGUCGAAUAAACUUUGA